CUGGCCGCGAGAAGACAACAUUUGCCUUAAGUUCAUCUCCCUGCUUUAUUUCCUUUCUUUGCGUCCUUCCGCAACUGAGUCUCUGAGCCCAUUCGUAUCCUUUCAAAAGUUCAGAUCCGUCUCCCGUCCCUCCACCAAUAUCUACACCGUCGCGUCCUCUUUCCACCAACCUAUUCCCGCUAUUCUCAAACACCAACCACCUCGAGCACGCAUACAUGUUCAACACCCAACGCGCUGGCCCCUCGCGGGUAGCCCUGCAGACACCCUCUGAAAAGGUUAAGAAGGAGUGGAGAACUUUCGUCACGACGUGGUACUCUCCAGAGAAAACGAAACUCGAAAACGCGCUGCAAAGCGAGUUGGAUGUCAAGUACAAGAACAAGAAAAGUAUCGCACAGAAGAAGGCACGCGAGACAGAGAGGCGUCAGCGAGUCGUAGGCAUCAAGAAGGUGCUGGCGGAGCCCGCUCGCGAGCAGUGGGAGCAACGCCUACAGCGUGCGCGUCUUCGGGAGGAGGAGUGGGCCAUGACUAGCGCAGAGCAGGAGGAAGUCCUUGAUGUGUUCUACGGGCUCUUCAACGACCCGGAGGAUGACAACGGCGACGCCAGUGACGGUGAACCCGCUGGCGGUGACGAGGAGGACGACCUUGCACCCCUAGCUCAGCCUCCGAAAGAGACUCGCCCCACACCUUCCUCCACCACUCCACCAAAUGGCGCCUACCAAGUCAUCGACCCCGCUUUCCUCCAGACCGAGCACGGUCCAGGUCUCCCCCACGCCCGCGUGGACCCCUUAUCCGAUACCAUACCUCCUCCGAACCCCUUUUCCACCGCGUCCCGCUCUCAAAACACCUCGAGCUCCGGCUUUCCUGCACCCGCGUUCACCUUGUGGGCGAGUGAGGCCGCCUUGACGAAGUAUACCCCGGAAAUACCACAGAGCCAGCUGCUCGCGCCCGAACGCGUCUCUCGCCAGACCUCGGCCAACUCCACGGUAGCCUUGUACCACUCCCCUUCCGCAGAUGCCAAGAAGUCGUCUCCCCACUCUUCUCCUCCCGGCGACUCCUCUUCCAGACUAGCUACUCCCGGCAAACGUUACAUCGGUCCCGUACUCUUCGACACCGAAGACGACACUCCCCCGAUGCCAGAUGCUGAGCUUCGACGGCUCAAGUCUGAGAUUGACAAGGAGACGCGACACGCACAGGAUGCCGAGUUUCGGCGAUUUAAGCUCGACGUCCGCAUUCGGCUCAUCCACGAGUUCCACAAGGAGGCUGCCGAUCUCGAGGUUGUCCUCGUUGAGCGCUUCGAGUCGCAAAGUCUGCCCAAGGAACGCGUCAAUACGGUAGUGCAAGAGCACGAGAAGCAGAUGGUCGAUCUCCGGCAGACGCUGGACGCGAAGCGCAAACAGAUGUGCGAGGAGGAGCGGCAGCGGAGGCUCAAAGCGCUUAGCCAGCUCGCCAUUGAGGGGCCCCCGGUUCCGAAGCAGAUCGAGCAUGCGUCUUCGUCUGCGUCGAAGACGAAGAUGGAGAGGCCACGGGCGGUGACGGUUGAGGCAGCUUCGGAUGACGAAGAUGACUGGUCAGCAACGAAGAGCAAGGAGCAAAAGAUGGACGACACAAGGCUGAACGUCGGCGCCGCGAGUUCGAUGGAAAUCCUUCUAGGUCAAAGAUCUGCCACGGGUCCGUCAUCAGGGAGCACCGAUCCACCUAGCGCUCUCAAAAAAUCAAACAGCUCGCAGCCGCACUCAGCGCAGCCUCUGCCCAAGAGUGCUUGGGGAAUCAAAAAGAGCCUUAGCGCUAACCCUUCUCCCGGUCCCUCGAAGCCAGCACCACCUGCUCGCGAGGAAACAUCCUCCGUUCCAGCUGCUAGUUCGUCUAAAGCCGGCUGGACGAGGAUGAUCUGGUCUGGUUCCAACGAGGAUGUUACUAAUCCUGCUCCCCUGCCCGGUAACUCGUUCGCGCAGUCUCCUGCCCCUUUCGCGUCCGCUACGCAAACGAAAGCACCUGGCUCACAACUCACUGGCGCUGGAGCCACGGGCAAGCCCACGAAGGCCGGCUGGGGUCUCACGGGCGAGGAGGGGCCAUUUUCCGCUUCGGCGAAGGGCAAAGGCAAGGAGAAAGCUUCCGUGCAGGAGGAGCCAGCAUGGGGCUUUGACGCGGAACUUGACCUCGCUGAGCUGAUGAAGAAUGCCAGUGUCGCGGACGAUUCGUCGGGCACCGAGGCUGAUACUCCCCCUGCUACCUCGGCUUCUCAGUCCUUCUUCAAUUCAUCUAACGUGACGUCAGCAUCCACAAACCAGCCACAAGCUUCUUCAGGCUGGGGGCUACCGCAGAUGACGAGCAAGUGGGGGCUCUGGGACCAGUCCAAGAAAAGCUCGGCUCCUACGCCAGCUCAUGCGCUUUCCUCCGAGCCGGAGCCGAUCCGCGAGCUGGAGCCAGCACCGCCACCUCCCCCUGUAUCGGCGAAGGGGAAGAAGGGGAAGAAAGGCCAGCUUUCUGCUACGACGACUGAGCUAGCUCCUCCUGUACCACCAAAGCCAACGCUUUCUCAUGCACCUUCCCGAGAAUCCACUACCUCUAAGGGCAAGACCACGAACAAGGGUUCCAAGAAAUCUAAAAAGGCCAGUGUUGUCGACAUUGAUGAGGAGACGGAGCGCGAGGUCCUCCGUCCUCCUCCGGAUCUAUUCCAUCCCUUCUCCUCCUCUCACAUGCCAGGGGCAAUGUUCGACAUGGCCGACGAUGAUGAUACCGCAACCAUCACUGCUGAAGACAGCGCCGCACUCGCAAGAGCCAACGCUGACCAACCGUACUGGCGCAACAUCCUCAACGGCGGCACGAAUCAACCUGCCCCCUCAUCGUUCUCUCCCAUUUAUGCACCUCCUCUCUCCCGCGAUCCCUCUCCCCCGCGGUCCGCCCUCGAAACCGAGAUGUCCGAGGAUGAGCCCGAGUCUGCUCCCGCUCCUCAACACGCAUUCUGGAAGCCGAGCAACAGCCGGGAGUCGAUGUACAGCGACGCGAGCGAAGACGACGUCACUCUCCGGAACCACUUCGUAAGCGAGGUGUUCGGGCACAUGAUGCACGACGACGACGCACCCGCCACCUUCGGCGGGCGUCCGCCCUUCACCGGGAUCACAGGCCCGUCAUCCUCAUACGCGUCCGUCCCUUCAACGCCCAACAGCUUCGGUUUCGGAUAUGGCUUUGGAGGUCCGCCAGGGAUGCCCUCGAGACCGUCAGCGACAACUGUGGCCGCCUCGAUGGGCGGCGACUUCGCCACCGUUCCUCCCUUCGCGUUUGGAGGGAUGGGCAAGAAAAAAGGACUGCCAGCGCCCACUAAAGGUCCAACGCCAACGGAGGGCUGGCCUCGUAUGGCGCAGAACUCGGGCUCGGCUAGACUGUUUUGAUCGCUUUGGACAUGACAUACUUUAUUUGCUCUCUAUCGGUUUACGUUUGUGGUUUCUUUCUUUUUGGUCUUCGAAUUCUCUUGUUGUAGCCUUCUGCCUUAUCCUGGUCCCUCUCCCGGCAUCCGUCACUCAUGUUUCUCGCAUCUGCAUCGCGACGCUGUCUCCAUCCAUCCAUGCUUCCACUCAUCGGACACCGCUCUCGUAUGUUUAUGUUCUUUGCCGAUAACCUAUCACGCACGUCAAUUAUGCAACUACACUUAGUAUAUAAUCAGUCUCUAUAUGCUCUCGCUCUCUCUACUCUCAUACCACCGUCUUCUAGCUCUGUUGCACUUGCACUUGUUUUCUAGUCGUUUCUGCUUUCUGUUGUGCAUCGUUUUGCAAUUGAUAAUGUCAUGGGCUGCGCUCUACCUUUUCUUUCUUUCACACUGCUACAUACUGUAGCAAUCUCGUGCAACAAUAUACUGUACCACUGUUAUAAGUAACGCUCGGUACCUACUUUCCGGGAUAAUGUAUUCGUAUCUCACGAGCCCUUUUGAC